AUACACCAUAACUCCGGUAUAUAUUUGCCUAUAAGCUACUUGAAUUGAUACCACAACCUCCCAUCAAUUCACAUACACCAUAAUUCUGGUGUACUAGCCAGCCUUGCCAGAGGCCUCCAUGGCUGUCCCCACAGCCUACCAAGGCAAUACGUCGGCCGCGGUUGCCGAUUGGUUGAACAAGGGCGAUAACGCAUGGCAAAUGAUCUCGGCCACUCUCGUGGGCCUCCAAAGUGUCCCCGGCCUCGUCAUUCUCUACGGUAGCAUCGUCAAGAAGAAGUGGGCCAUCAAUUCAGCAUUCAUGGCCCUCUACGCCUUUGCGUCGGUAUGGAUAUGUUGGGUCACUUGGGCCUACAAGAUGUCGUUCGGCGAUAAGCUCCUUCCCUUCUGGGGCAAGGCUGGACCUGCCUUAGGCCAAAAGUUCCUGAUCAAACAAUCCGAAUUGCCCGCAACGACACAUUACUUCCAUAAUGGAGAUAUUGAGACUGCCAUGGCCACUCAAUACUAUCCGAUGGCAUCGAUGGUCUACUUCCAAUGUGUUUUCGCAGCGAUCACAGUAAUUAUACUAGCGGGAUCGCUGUUAGGAAGAAUGAACAUAAAGGCAUGGGUGGUUUUUGUGCCACUCUGGCUCACAUUCUCAUACACUGUAGGAGCAUUCAGUCUAUGGGGCGGCGGUUUUUUGUUUCAUUGGGGCGUCAUCGACUACUCAGGUGGUUAUGUCAUCCACCUCUCAUCGGGGAUCUCCGGCUUCAUUGCGGCUUAUUGGGUGGGGCCGCGUUCGACAAAGGACCGGGAGAGGUUUCCCCCAAACAAUGUACUGUUGAUGCUAACAGGCGCGGGGCUUCUAUGGAUGGGUUGGGCUGGUUUCAAUGGUGGGGAUCCUUACUCAGCAAACAUCGAUUCAUCAAUGGCUGUCUUGAAUACCAACAUAUGCACGGCCACUAGCCUUCUUGUGUGGACGUGCCUGGAUGUUAUUUUCUUCAAGAAACCUUCAGUUAUUGGAGCAGUUCAAGGCAUGAUCACAGGGCUAGUCUGCAUAACCCCUGGCGCAGGCCUAGUUCAAGGGUGGGCUGCUAUAAUAAUGGGAAUCCUAUCAGGCAGUAUCCCAUGGUUUACCAUGAUGAUCAUCCACAAGAGGUGGAGCUUUCUCCAACAGGUCGACGACACGCUCGGAGUCUUCCACACCCAUGCUGUCGCGGGCUUCAUAGGUGGCACGGCGACGGGCCUAUUUGCCGAGCCCCAGUUAUGUGCUCUCUUCUUGCCUGUCACCAACUCUAGGGGUGCAGUCUAUAGCGGUAGCGGCGGAGUCCAGUUUGGAAAGCAAAUCGUGGGGGCUGGUUUCGUCAUCGGAUGGAACAUUGUGGUCACGACGAUGGUUUGCUUGAUCAUAAGGACGGUGAUCCCGCUAAGGAUGUCAGAGGAGCAACUAGCAAUCGGCGAUGAUGCCGUGCAUGGCGAAGAAGCGUAUGCGUUGUGGGGUGAUGGUGAGAAGUAUGAGUCAUCUAAGCAUGGAUCAUUUUCUGAUGACAAUAUCCAAAGUAAGAUCUCAAGUGGGGUGACGCAGAAUGUGUAGGGACGCAGGGUGGCGUAUGUUAAGACUAAAUGGAUGUGAUUAUCAAGGGGUUAUAUGUGGAUUUCCUGUAUAUACACAUGUUUUAAGUAGGAGAAUUUGGAAAGAUGGUGAGAU